AUGGCAGGUAUUAUAUCAAAAUCAAAUGCAUUUCUUGUUAGUUAUAAAUUUCAUCAGCAUCGAAAAGGUGCGCUUUAUAAUUUUGUGACGAGAAUUGGACCUGCAGCAUCAAAUCGACGUUUUUAUUCUCAAGAUAAACGUAUUGUGGUUAAAAAUCCGGUCGUUGACUUAGAUGGAGAUGAAAUGACUCGAAUUAUUUGGGACAAGAUUAAAACUAAUUUAAUCUUCCCGUAUCUCAAAAUCGACAUCAAAUAUUAUGACUUGGGAGUUGAAAAUCGAGAUGCUACAAACGAUCAAGUUACCAUUGAUGCAGCCGAAGCGAUCAAAAAAUAUAAUGUGGGCAUCAAGUGUGCGACAAUUACACCGGAUGAGGCGAGAGUCAAAGAGUUCAAUUUAAAAGAAAUGUGGAGAUCUCCAAAUGGUACUAUUCGUAAUAUUUUGAAUGGUGUCGUAUUUAGAGAACCUAUUUUAUUGAACAGUGUCCCGCGUAUAAUUCCGAAUUGGACCAAACCUAUUGUUAUUGGUAGACACGCUUUUGGUGACCAGUAUAAAGCCACUGAAAUGAUUAUAGAUUGUCCUGGCAAAGUUGUUCUAACAUUCGUCCCAGAAAACCAUGAUAAUUCAAAAUUACAGGAAAAAGAAGUGUUUACUUUUCAGUCUCCCGGUGUUGUCAUGUCUAUGUACAAUACAGAUGAGUCUAUUAGAGGUUUUGCUCAUAGCAGCUUUCAAAUGGCAUUGAGCAAAGAAAUGCCUUUGUAUCUUAGCACCAAAAAUACCAUCUUGAAGAAAUACGAUGGUCGCUUCAAAGAUAUUUUUCAAGAAAUAUUUGACAAGGAUUACAAAGAUAAAUUUGAUGCCAAGAAAAUUUGGUAUGAACACAGACUUAUAGAUGAUAUGGUUGCUCAAGUCAUUAAAUCUAGUGGUGGAUUUGUUUGGGCUUGUAAAAACUAUGAUGGAGAUGUCCAAUCUGAUAUUUUAGCUCAAGGAUAUGGUUCUUUGGGAUUAAUGACGAGUGUCCUUGUUACUCCGGAUGGAAAAACAAUGGAAGCAGAAGCAGCACAUGGAACUGUAACAAGACAUUAUCGUCAACAUCAACAAGGCAAAGAAACUUCAACGAAUCCAAUAGCAUCAAUCUUUGCGUGGACAAGAGGUUUAGCACAUAGGGCAAGAUUAGAUGGAAAUGAAAAGUUAGAAAAGUUUUCUCAUGAUCUUGAAAAAGUUUGUACUGAUACAGUUGACAAGAAUGGUAAAAUGACCAAAGAUCUCGCAUUAUCGGUUCAUGGCGAAAAUUUGAAGAGAGAACAUUAUGUUACUACAGACGAAUUUUUGGAUCACGUUACAAAUAAUUUGAAGAAAAUUUACGGGAAUUAA